AUGCAUCUCAGACUGUUAUGCCUUCCAUCGUGUAUGCUGGCUGGUGUACCCCUUGCCCUUCAGCACAGCUAUCUCGCUAGACCUGCCGUUGGCGUGUUGAGUGCAGAGCAAGUCUUCUCUGGUGGUAGCGCACGCCUCAGGCUUUCGUUCUGGUGCUAUUGGAGUUGGAUGUCGAUGGAAUUGCACAGGACACCGAAUCGAACUCGCCAGCACCUGGUAGAGAUGUACAUGCCACACUAUGUACGACACGGACACGUUCUCGCAGUCUACGCGUCUCCGACCACCAUUGCGUCAGUUACUGUUAUCGACACCUGGGCUGGCUACUUAAUUUCGCUGUCCUCUUCCAUGAUAUAUGCCGACGGUUUAGACGUUGCAUUUCUACUGCCAUGCUUCCAGUUUCCUACAAGCAGAUGUAUGGAAAUGGUGAUCUUAAAUCCUAUGAAUAAGUGGUUGAUACCGGCGUCAAAAAUGUUGAAAAAUCGAAAGUGA